AAAAGUAAAGCCAUAAACAACUCCGCCCGAGGCCGAGAGACCGGGAGGCGACGCAUCACGCAGCCGCAGCCGGCGACGAGGAGCGCCACCGCACGCACCGACUCCGCCUCCAUUCCGCCGCUUUCCCGAGAGAGGCCAAGGGCUCCAGACCGCCCCCCCCCUCCCCGCGCCACCGCACCGCACCGCAUGGCGUCGCUCUCCGUCUCCCUCGGCCGCGCCUCCGCCACCCCGGCCGUCGCCGCCGCUGGCCCCGUCAAGGUGUCGUGCGUGAGGAGCAAGGUUAACUGCAGCUUUCCAUCCGUGGGGUCUUCGUCUUCGCCUGCUAGGAGCGUUGAGCCAGUGAGAGCAACUGCCACACAGGCACCCCCUGCUGCCCAUCAAUCUUCUAGCGCGGAGAAGACUAAGGUUGGCAUCAAUGGAUUUGGACGGAUUGGGAGGUUGGUUCUACGUAUUGCAACUAGUAGAGAUAACAUUGAAGUUGUGGCUGUUAAUGACCCUUUUAUCGAUGCUAAAUACAUGGCUUAUAUGUUCAAGUAUGAUUCCACACAUGGUCUAUUUAAAGGCACCAUAAAGGUUGUUGAUGAGUCGACCAUGGAGAUUAAUGGGAAGAAAAUCUCAGUUACAAGCAAAAGAGAUCCCUCGGAUAUUCCUUGGGGUAAUUUUGGAGUUGAAUAUGUUGUUGAAUCAUCUGGUGUUUUUACAACAACCGAGAAAGCAUCAGCACACUUAAAGGGUGGUGCAAGGAAAGUUGUGAUAUCUGCUCCAUCAGCAGAUGCUCCUAUGUUUGUAGUUGGAGUAAAUGAGAAGAAUUACAACCCCAGCAUGAACAUUGUUUCUAAUGCAAGUUGUACCACCAACUGCCUUGCUCCCCUUGCCAAGGUUGUCCACGAGGAAUUUGGCAUUGCUGAGGGCCUCAUGACAACCGUCCAUGCUACAACAGCCACCCAGAAGACCGUAGAUGGUCCUUCAAUGAAAGAUUGGAGGGGAGGACGGGGUGCUAGUCAGAACAUCAUUCCUAGCUCUACAGGCGCAGCAAAGGCUGUUGGAAAGGUCCUUCCAGCAUUAAAUGGAAAACUCACUGGUAUGGCCUUCCGAGUUCCUACACCUAACGUCUCUGUGGUUGACUUGACAUGCCGGCUUGAGAAAAGUGCUUCAUAUGAAGAUGUGAAAGCAGCUAUCAAGGAAGCAUCAGAAGGUUCUUUGAAAGGUAUUUUAGGCUAUACAGAUGAGGAUGUUGUUUCAAAUGAUUUUGUUGGUGACACCAGGUCUAGCAUAUUUGAUGCCAAGGCUGGUAUUGGUUUGAGUUCUUCUUUCAUGAAGCUUGUCUCUUGGUACGACAAUGAGUGGGGCUACAGCAACCGGGUCUUGGAUUUGAUCGGGCACAUGGCUCUAGUCAACGCCAAGAACUGAUGCCAUGAUAACCGUCGAUGCCAAGGAUCCUCGACAUCGAGUAAUGUAGGAAGAGAAGGCUGCAAUUUUGAGGGCCCUUUCUGUAUCUCGGAAUAAUAUAGCACACAAAACUCAAAAACCAUUGCCAUACUAUGACAUGUCAUAAACUAAAGCUUAUGUUCCUGUAUUUUGCCGUGCAACUCAUGAAGUAUCCACGCAUUGGGGGCGAAUCAAAUUAAGUAUCAGCACUUUACUUGCA